AUGGAGUUCGACGAGGAAGAGGCGCGGAGGCAGAAUGAAGUCUACGACGCACUCGAGCGUGCGUACAUUGCUGAACUCGAGCAUGUGCGGGCGGGCGGGGUGGACCUCACGAAGGCCAUACUGCGCGAGGAAGUCUACGAGAGACUCAUCGGUGAACUCGAGCGUGAGGACGUCUCGAGCGAUGCAAGGGAUGCGGUGGCGUCGUUUUUACAAGAUUUGAGACGCGAUGGCGUCGAGUGGCACUCGAUUGGCCACGGUCGCGGGUAUUUUGAAGCGGACGACGAGAGGAGAGUCUUUCCAGAAUAUGCGGCGCCGUGCACGCGGGCUACGCGCAUUCCAGGUUCGGUUUGUAUGAAGUUCGCGCACGAGCACGGGGCGCCGUGGGACCAAUGGACGUGCGCGUAUGCCGCUGGUUUCGGCAAUUUGCAAUCUUUGCAAUACGCGCACGAGCACGGGUGUCCUUGGGACGUGUGGACGUGCCGUGAUGCCGCCUUGAAUGGACACUUGGACUGUUUGCGAUACGCGCGCGAGCACGGGUGUCCUUGGAACGAGUGGACUUGCCUGUUUGCCGUCUCGAAUGGACACUUGGACUGUUUGCGAUACGCGCACGAGAACGGGUGUCCUUGGAACGAGGUGACGUGCGCGCAUGCCGCCUCGAAUGGACACUUGGACUGUUUGCGAUACGCGCGCGAGAACGGGUGUUGUUGGGACAAGCGGACGUGCGAGGGAGCCGCCAAGUAUGGACAGUUGGAGUGUUUGAAGUACGCGUGCGCUCGCAAAUGUCCAGGCUCCGAUCGGUACGCCGAGGCGCUGAACGAAGUCGUCAUCCCAGACGUCGACGAGUCAUUCGGCGUCGACGUCGCGCUCGAGUUCCAGCGAGCGAACGACGGCGAGAUCUCCAUGCGCGAGUUCCUGCCGUUAUGGGUAGCGCACAGAGAAGGUUACCGCGACGCGCACUUAGAAGUCGUUCGAAACUUGAUAGCUCAUGACUGA